AAGUAAACGAAACAACAACAACAAUUGAGCUCAAUCUAAACAAUGCUGACGUUACCAAAAAUAUGUUUUAAAAGACUGCGGAAAUGUGAACAGCAAACAAAUGCAAUUUUUACCUAUUAUAGUAUUUAAUGUAUUUUAAAAUAGUAUUCGCUUGCUCAAUGUAAGCCUAUCAAAUCAAACGCCAAACCGCCUUUAAUUUCAGUUAUUUGUUAUUGCUUUCACAAGUGUGGCGACUUCUAUACAGAGAUAAGAGUUAUUGCUAGCUCACAUACGGAAGAAGAGGGUCUGCCCUGCUGCGAUAUUGACAAAUUUCGGCUUAACUCAUCCGUCAUCAGGUGAAAGUAGCAUUGCAUCAUGUUCUCUUAUUCGGGUCAUGUUAUGACGCUUGCGAACAGCAUUAUUGGCGUCGGCAUUUUGGCGAUGCCUUUCUGCUUUCAAAAGUGCGGCAUCAUACUCUCGAUUGUAUUGCUUGUGCUAAGCAAUUGGAUUACUCGCAUAUGUUGUCACUAUCUCAUCAAAACUUCGCUGCUGACACGUCGCAAGAGUUUCGAACUUCUUGGUCUUCACGCAUUCGGUACAUCCGGCAAACUAUUGGCAGAACUCUGUAUAAUUGGUUACCUUAUCGGCACAUGUAUCACAUACUUUGUGGUCGUCGGCGACUUGGGCCCACAAAUUGUCUCUAAGCUAUUUUCGUUGGAUAUCGCAGAACACAAUCACCUACGUACAGUGGUUAUGAUAGCAAUUACUAUCUGCUGUAUUGUGCCACUGGGUAUGCUACGUAAUGUGGACAGUUUAUCGGCUGUGUGCACCGCUUCCAUUGGAUUCUAUGUGUGCCUCAUGUUAAAGAUUGUACUUGAGUCCGAGUCGCAUAUUGUCGCCAACGAUUGGACAGAGAAGGUCCUCUACUGGGAACCAGCUGGAGUUUUACAGUGUUUGCCCAUCUUCAGCAUGGCCUUAUCCUGUCAAAUGCAACUUUUUGAGGUCUUUGGCAGCAUUAAUAACCAGAGUCUGGAAAAACUUAAUGCCAUUGUUCGCAAUGCCACCUGGAUUUGUACGUUAGUUUAUAUAGCUGUUGGUUUCUUUGGAUAUGUGGCCUUCUGCCAGCACAGCUUUUCCGGCAAUAUCUUGGUUAAUUUGUCGCCUUCGUUUGGCAGUGACAUCAUUAAAAUUGGAUUUGUGCUUUCGAUUGCAUUCAGCUUUCCCCUGGUCAUAUUCCCGUGUCGAGCAAGCAUUUACUCCCUGCUCUACAGAAAGCAAGGACACACGGAAAACACCAGCUAUAUUCCAGAGCGUCGCUUUCGAUUGAUAACGCUCUUUAUCGUAAUCUUCUCGCUGUGUGUGGCUCUGGUGAUUCCCUCGGUUGAACUGAUUAUUGGCUUGGUGGGAUCCACAAUUGGCGUAGCUAUUUGCAUAAUGUUCCCAGCCUCGAGUUUUCGGAAAAUCAUCAAAAAAGAGUCAACGGAGCGCACUUUGGCACAAUUUGUAUUUGUAAGCGGAUUUUGCCUCAUGAUACUGGGCACAUAUGCGAAUCUGAAUGCGAUUGAUGCACAGAGUUCGGGACCACAGUUUGAUGGAGUGCAAGUGAUAACACCUCUAAUACCCAACGAAAAACCACCGCCAGCCUUAGAUCUAAAGAACUCUGAAAUACUUAAACAUUUAGUGAAAGAACCCAACGAUGCUGUAGUUAAAGAAGUAUUAGAAAAGCUUGAAGACGGCAAACGUGAACUUAACGUAGAUAGCAUAAAGAUUGUUGAAAAGCCAAAUAUUGUAAGCGCUUCUUCGGAUAACCCACCGAUGCCCCCGUUACCCGUAGACGAAUCCCAUUCCCUGGACAUGAAAAACGAACCACCCUUAGACAAAGCAGAGAACUUACCAAAAGUGGAGGCUAAAGCAGAGGAAAAGGAAGAAACGGCGACAAUUGAGAAGAAAAACUUGACACUUGACAAACCUAAAGAUUUUGUUGCGGCAGCUGCAGAAGCUGCAGAAAAGCCCAAGACGCCUCCCUUAUUGGCAGCGGCUGCACAACAAACGAUCGAUGGUGCUGCCAUUAAAAAGGAGGAGGAAAUUACAGCUGAGGAGCAAAAGGAUAAUAAAAGAAAUGCAGAUGAGCUGCGAGUAUCACAAAAGGAACUGAAAGAGAAAAUGCAGCUCUUGGAACGUACUGUGGAUGAAUUAAAUGUAGAGUUGGCGAAACAAAAGCCACAGAAUGAAAACACAGUAAAGUUGCUGGAACGCAGUGUGGACAAGCUAAAUGAUGAAUUGGCAAAUCAAAACCCGGAUAAUCCAAAACCUUUAGCAGUUAAUGAGCUCGCUGAAGCUUUGAAUAAAGUCAAGGAAACCAACCGUCAAGAUGAGCAACUAAAAAAGGUAGAGCAAACGCAACCACAAGCACAACAAGAAUCUCAACCACAAAUACAACCUCAACCUCAACAAGUUAACAACACAGUUAAAGAACGUAAACCAGUUUCAUUGAUGGAAAUGCUUACGGAAAAUGCACACGCACGUGAGGAGCAGGAGGCACAUGCUGGAGUUUUUGAGCCGCUCUCUUAUAAAACAGGGGAGUUGCUAAAAAAUAUAUCAGCUGAUGUUGUGCCAUCAUUAGCCCAACGAUUGCCACUGCCACUUGUGCUCCUGGCCAAUGCUACUCGGAUGAAAACUAACAGUACCUUAUUGCCGGCUGACUUGCCGGCUAACAAAUCAAGCGACGCCGUCAAUGUCGAAGCCAUUCGACGGGAAUUGCUGCAACUUAAGGAGCAGCAGAUUACGACUGCCCAGCCCAUGAUCCGCGUUAAACGCGAUGCAGAUGGCAACGAGAACUGCCUUCCUGAGCCCAAGAUUAAUGAAGUAAACAGCGGACCGGGAAUCAGUCUUGGUUUGCAGAUAGAAAAUAUGGGAAGAGAACUGAAAUCCAUUAAGGAUGAGGGUGAAGACACGACUUCGACGACGACUACGCCGUCCCCGCAGUUGAACAUUAAACUUGAUGAAAUUUAAGUUUACCUAUUCCAGAAUAUUAUGUAAAUACUUAUACAUACAUAUAAAUAUUUAUACGUACCGCUCACAGGGCAAAUAAGCUUUAUGUACAUAUAGUUUUAGCUUAGUUCUACUGAUGAUAAUGUAUUUAUAUAGGCUGAGGCAAAGAUGCGUCGAUAUACUUCAAGUUAACAAUUCCUAUUAACUAUGUAAAUAAAACCCAAUGAAAAAUCUGUACUCAAGAA